AUGUCUGGCGCCUUCAACUAUCCACGCGAGGAGCAUCAUGUUGUUCUGAAUGUUGAUAGUGUAGUAGAAGUGUCAUGGUGGUCGACCUUUGCUGAUACACUCGUGGUGAGCUGCUAUGAGGCCGGCGAUAUCAAUGGGGAGUCAGAGAUCUUCAACAUAGAAAUUUCAGAGAACGGAACAGAGCCAUGGUCGCCAGUCUAUCUCUCUAGGAGAUUCGAUGACUGGUCAAUUCCCGCUGGUUGCGAACUUUCGAUCUCAAAAGCGGGCGGUGGAGCUAUCGGAGGUGCCAUGAUAGGCGUAACCUCUGCGACUUCUCAAAGCGCAUCCAUCCUGGCAUUGUCCUCGACCGUACCAUGGGAUACCAAGACGACACCUUCCACACCACCAAUAUCAACCUCGACACUAUCUCUAAACGCGAUUUCAAGUCUUGCUAGUACAUCGUCUCCGGCGCCACCCACAUCCGCACCUACAGGUCCGGUCGAUGCCACCACGGCAGGUACGGAGAGCAGCGGUGGUUUGUCGACUGGUGCGAAGGCUGGUAUCGGUGCCGGCCUUGGUGUUGGCGCAUUGCUUGUUGUGGCGGCGGCAUACUUGUUCUAUCGAAAGCAUAGCAAGACGAAAAACCUAAAUGAUAGAGUGAGCUAUCAACCUGAAGCACAACACUACGAAAAGCCAGUUGGUGUUUCGAUCGCGCAUCACACGGGUGACGGGUAUAAUAAGCCAUAUAGCGACGCUACGGCUUGGUCGCAGGUACAACAGCCGUCACAGGCGCUGCCAUCGGAGCUCGCAGCUACGCGAUAA